GCACAGCACAGCCGCAAGCACAGCACUCGCCAACACGACCCACGCUCACGAUCCUCCCGCACGGCGGCACCACCACCGGACAACCGGACACACCACCAUGGCUGCGCCCGCAACCCGACACCCCUGCCUGCGGCACAGCACCCCGGUCCUCCUGCUCCUCCUGCCCGCUCUCAGCGCGGCCCUCAGAUGCGCCAACCUUCGCACCCAACAGAGCACCUUCAACUGGGACAGCCUCCAGCUCCUCCACGCCAUGGCUCCCAGCCCGCCUCAGCCCUGCGCCCAACACGACCCACCUUUCCCCUUCCCCGACACCCUCCUGGCAAUCCAGUCCCCACAACAAGCCACCGCCGCCAUCCUCCGCGUCCUCCAGCACCUCUUCACCACUCUCAGCAACGAAAACACCCCCGCGCACUGGGACAGCCAAGCCCACCAACAGCUCCUCAACCAGCUCCACGGCCAAAUCCAACUCCUCCAGCAAUGCCUCCCUCGCGCCGGCGCGGAUGUCAAAAGCCAAGGGCCCCGCAACGCCUGGCUCACCAUCAACAGGUACUUCCGGCGCAUCCAGGACUUCCUCCGCACAAACCACCACAGCCCCUGCGCCUGGGACAAAGUCGGCCUCGAAGCUCGUGCCUGCUUCCAAUGCAUCGACAAGCUUACACGGAGAAUGGAAAGCCGGUCAGCUCCCUCCCUCCAAACCCAUCCUCGUCCAAAGUCUAUCCUGAAUGAAAGCCAGAAGCCACCAAGCCACAGGAGGCAUCUACAGCAAAGGCAGGGCUUUAUCAGCACCACUGAGCCCUCUUCCAGCCAUGGCUCCAUGCAACCUGGGAAACGGGCAUGACAGUGCUGAGCCCAACAGCACCGCAACCAUGCGGGAGCCAGGCUGCGGCACAACUCACGCACCCAUACCACACCCUGCGCUCCCCAUGGCCCCAACUUCUACGCAAAGGAAGCUACAGGAAUAAACAGACGUUUUUCAGAUCAAGGGAUAACAGGAAAUCUAUGGGAAAAAGGGGCAGUAUUUAUUACCCAUGGCAUUCUACACUCCUUCUGGACUGUGAUCUCCUCUGAUAAAGAGGAAGGUCCCAACGGCAACUGCUGAAGAGUCUCAGAUUCCGAUGACUAUUUAUUACAGAACUUUAUUUAUUUAUUUAUUCUUUCUACGGAAAUAAAGACCUUUUCUAAAAAUAAAAGGUGGUCAUCGUGAAUAAAUUACAUGGGGAAAGGCAAGACCCAUGAAUGCAGGCAGGAACGAUCAUCCCUCCUGCAGCCUGCUCUAUGCAAGCCUCUCUCCUUGACCAACAGCCCUCUGGGCUGGAACGAGUGGAGGACCUGAAAACCCAUUGAGCACAACCUCACAGCAAGACCUAGGCACCAAGCAGGGAGGGCAGGCAAAAACCAGCCUUCAAGAAGCAGGUAGGAAAAUUACACCAAGGGGCAUGGCUGUUUGAUCAAGGACAAGACCCUGAUACUGCAACCCCCCCCCCAAAACAGUCACCAGCCCAUUAUUAAAAGCCAAGGAGAUGGCUGGGAACUUCACCCUCACCCCUACCAUUCACCAUGUCCCACUAAGCCCACAGGUCUCUCCCACGGAAGCUAGCCGCUCAAGGGGGCCCACACCCACGCAGUCAACAGGACACCUGUCCCACAACAGGGAUCACAACACAAAUCAAUCUGGGGACUGCUGAGGCAAAUGGCUCUCAUGCCUCAAGCCCGCUCUGCUCACAUAUUGUGCACGCCACUCAACGCAGGUCACACAGCUCAAGGCUUUACUGCCAUAGCCUCCUCUCCUUCACAACUGCUACCCCUUCCCAAGAACCACCACAGGGCAUCCACAGCUUGCAACCUCAACACAGCCUGUCCCAAGCUCUCUUCAUCUCCCACUACACUCCCGCUCCGUUCCCAACCCUCUCCCAGACACAAUGCACCAGACCCACCUCCAAUUACACUGCACACACCAGAAGAACCACUUCAUCAUAACCAAACCUCUUGUGGCCAGCCAAGUCUUUCAGCAACACCACAGCAUGGACAAGGCUCACCUCCAAGAAGCAAGGAGGGGACCCAUCAAGGCCUGCAGUGGUUUAGACAAGCAGUGGCACCUUGAUGCUACCAGUUGCCCCAAAUAAGCCCCAAAACACCAAACAAAGGAGUAGGUGGGCACCAAAUAGUUCCUGGAUAUCUACAUUCCCCAUGGCCUGUCCGGACCUCUCCUGGUCAGGCUGGAGCUCACACACCAGCGGUUACGGGGCCAACUGGGGACCUGCCUCGCAGCAUAGAUCACGUUAACGCAGUCUUUCUUCAUCCAAACACAUCCUCAGCUAGUAACAAGCAAGAUCCCCCAAAUGCAGUCACCCUAGCAUGUGAUGAGGGCCUACCCAACCCAGCAAGCACAGAUCAGCAAGCUAUAGCAUUCUAUGCUAAGAGUGCUGCCAAUGCACCAGCUGCCCCAUCACCCCCUAAACACCAGUGCCACCACCCCAAAAACCUCUGCCUGAGGUGUUUUUCCCUCCCCAAUGAAGCAAGGGCAGGACAAACCCAAAUUUUAGCCUGCUCUGACUCCCCACCUGCAUGUCAAACACAGCAUGGUGGAAGGCCACCGUGCUCCCUGCUCAGUGCCAGGGCCACAACAGGGAUGCACUUCCAUCACAACAAGGAAACUGCUAAAAUAUAUAUGUAAAACGGGAUAUUACAUGCAGCUGGAAAGGAAGGAAGGAAAUAUACGGCACCAAAUACAUUCAGGUACAUAGCAAGACCCCUCUGAAGCACACUCAACUGCCAGGUCACAUCAGAGAUCUUGUGAGAUCCCUUGUAACCAAAAAUAUCCUAGAAGCCCUGGCAAGUGGGACCAUACUGCUCUCUUCAAGCACCUCAGGCAAGAACAAAGAAAACACUGAAAUGAAAACGAAAAGGAUGAGAGUUAAAAAUACAAUUCAGAACACUGGGAAUUCAAAAAAGAUACAAAAAAAAUUAUUAUUUUUAUACAAAGGGUGAUAUGGGAUGGGAAGAGGGAUUGAAAAGGCUGUAGGAAUGUCUAGCACUGGAGAUACGAAAAGCUCAACUGCACUAGGCCAUGAGCCACCUCCACUAACACAACCUGUCCUCUGCACCAGGCGACGACACGGCAUCAAGAAAACAAGAGUUUGGGAGGUGGAGAAAUUCAAACGCGCAAAGCGGGCACGGGACCACAACGGCAAGGCAAAAGGAAAACCCUCAAACACACCCUCAGCACAGCUGCCCCAAAGGCCGCGGCCACAGGCACUUUCAUAUCCCCCACGGAAACACAACAAGA